UUUUACAGAGAACAAAGAACGUAAGGAAAUUGGGAGCAGGCAUCAAUGGCGAAUCGCCGUUGCUUUCAAACCCUAACUCGUUGUCUCCAAUCCAUCACAACCCUAACCCCAAUCUCAGAAAGCCUAGCGCCUUACACCGCCCCCGCUCUCAACCAAACGCUCGCCGCCACUCCCCCAAGCUACAUUUUCGCCAACAUAUUUAACGCCUACCAACGCGCCGCAGUGCCCGCGCGGAGCUUUUGCUCCAGGCACACUGACAGCGACGAUGACGUAGAGGAUGAUUACGAAAGUGGAGAAGAAGGAGAGGAUUACAGUGAAAAUGAAGAAAACAGCGCUAAUUUGUCUGCUGAAGAAAAAGAGAAAGAAGCCAAUGAGAUAGGGUACACGGUCCUUGGCCCGCUCCAGAAAUCAGAUAGGGUUUUCAAAUUGUAUGAGCCCGUGUUCGCAGUUGUUCAGAUUGGAUCGCAUCAAUUCAAGGUGAGCAAUGGGGAUACCAUAUACACAGAGAGGUUGAAGCACUGCGACAUCAAUGAUAAGUUGGUCCUCAAUAAGGUUCUUAUGCUAGGUUCACAAACACAGACAAUCAUCGGUAGGCCAAUUUUGCCUGAAGCAGCUGUUCAUGCUGUUGUUGAGGAACACGCGCUAGACGCAAAGGUGAUCAUAUUCAAGAAAAAGAGAAGAAAGAAUUACAGACGAACAAAAGGUCAUCGCCAGGAAUUAACUAAACUAAGGAUAACGGAUAUACAAGGGAUCGAGAAGCAAGAAAAUACUAUGCCUCUGCCUCCUCCUCCAACGAAAAAGAAGGAAAAGGCAGAGAAGAAGGUGGCUAUGGAAGCUUAAUAGGCACAUAUGCUUGUCUAGUGCUUUCAAGAUCCAUUUUUUCCAACAGCUCGAGCCUGAUAUACUACUCAUAUUUGUUUUUAAUGUGACCUUUACAUUCUCAGAAUUGAGGUCUUUAUCCUUGUUCAUCCAUGAUUCCGGGCUCAUGUUUUGGGUCGUUUUAUUUGUAUCUUUACUCCAAAACUAUGGGGAGACAGUAGACUAUAGAGAGGGUAUAAAUAGUCGAUAAUUGCUAUA